CCCUUUCAAGUUCCCCACUAAUAUAUAUUCCAUAUCGAUCUUCCACUAACCCUAAGUUUAGUCUCUUCUUCCCAAGCUAGCUCUAGCUCUCUAUACCCCAUAUCAUGGAGGCUGGAGCUAAGAAAUUAUUAUAUGAAGGUGCUGGCAGGCAAGGUUGGAAAGAAAGAGCAGCAAGCAACAGAGAUCAUGAAGAUCAGGUACUCGAAGAUGAUCUGUCUGAUCAGGAAGAAGAUCAAACAUUUGGUUUUGGUGGUGAUGGUGGUGAUCAGUCGAGCUUUGCAGUGAACGAUCAGAAAAAGAAGAAACCAGCAACUGGAGUGGCAGCUACGAGGAGAGGGUGUGGUGGUGGUGGUGGUGGUGUUGGUUGUCAAGCAGAGAGGUGUGGUGCUGAUCUGAGUGAUGCCAAACGCUACCAUCGCCGCCACAAGGUCUGUGAGUUUCACUUCAAGGCACCUGCUGUCAUCGUCGCGGGCCUUCCACAGCGCUUUUGUCAGCAAUGCAGCAGGUUCCAUGAACUGUCAGAGUUUGAUGAAGCAAAAAGAAGUUGUCGCCGGCGUUUGGCGGGACACAACGAGAGGCGCCGGAGAACCCCUGCUGAAUGUUUUGGAGACGGCUCAUCAAACCGGAAGGCAGCCUCAAAAGAAAGAGAAAUCCAGACUACACAGACUGAAGAUCAUCGAGCCAGAAUGCAGAUGACACCUCCCCAUGGGAAUUCAACUGGUUAUAAGCAGUUCUACAUUAGAUGAAUGAAGACCAUACAUAUAUAAAAUAUAUAAGUAUGAUAACCAUAUCUAUAUCCAUACAUAUGCAUCAUGCUCUCUCUCUUCUGUCAUCCUCAUCUUGUGCCUUCUUAUAUUCCUAUAUAUAUGUUAUAUUUGCAUGAAAUAUCAACGUCAUAAUCAUUUACAGAGAAUUACCAUGUAAAUGCCUAAAUAACUACCAUGUGUGAGCAGAUUAUUACUUCUCUGUUAUGCUCUAAAGACUUUGACCUGUCUAUCCAAAUGCACCUCUACAGGGGCAUCAGAAAGUACUCUUUUGUUAUCCAAAGCCUUUUAAUAUAAGGGUCGCUAAAAUAUACAUUAACCAUUUA